AUGGCCUCGCAACGGUCGCUGGUGAGUGUGCUCGUGCUCUGCCUUCUCUGCGGCGCUUGUGCAGCGGCGAAGCGGAGAUACCUGUCCGUCAGCAUGGACCAACUGCUGAGGUCCAAGGCUCACCUCGACUGCCCUCCCUGGAAGAAGUCAGUGACAUCUUCUGGCAACAAGCUCACAAUCCCAGCAGUCUGCGGGCUUCCAGUUCCUCCACCGAAAUGUUGCGGCGCAUUUGUGCGCCACGUCCUCAACCACGACAUGAAUCGGCUGAGCACACUCGUCCAGAGGUCCUCCGUCUCAUCAUCAGCUGCCGCACCAGCUCCAUCGGCAGACCCCUUCCCCGGGAUUCCCUUCGGUCCAGCUCCGUCGCCUCGCCCUCGAGGAAUUCCGUUUUAUCCUCCGGUGGCGCCGCCAGCUGAGGCGCCCGCCGUGACGAUCCCGGACAGCACCGGGACGUCCCUCGACACGCUGGAGUUCGUGGUCACCGUCGGCUUCGGCACGCCGGCCCAGAAUUACACGCUGAGCAUCGACACCGGCAGCGACGUGUCGUGGAUCCAGUGCCUACCCUGCUCCGGGCACUGCUACAAGCAGCACGACCCUGUCUUCGACCCGACCAAGUCCACCACCUACUCCGCUGUCCCCUGCGCCCACCCGCAGUGCGCGGCCGCCGGCGGGAAGUGCAGCAACGGCACUUGCGUCUACAAGGUCGAGUACGGCGAUGGCUCGUCCACCGCUGGGGUCCUGUCCCACGAGACGCUGUCGCUCACCUCCACGCAGGCACUCCCCGGGUUCGCGUUCGGAUGCGGCCAGACAAACCUCGGUGAGUUCGGCGGCGUUGAUGGGCUGGUCGGCCUCGGCCGCGGCGCGCUGUCGCUGUCCUCGCAAGCCGCCGCGACGUUCGACGCCACCUUCUCGUACUGCCUGCCGUCGUACGACACCUCGCAUGGGUACCUCACCAUCGGCUCCACCACUCCGGCCUCCAACGACAAGGUGCAGUACACGGCGAUGAUACAGAAGAAAGAUUACCCGUCCUUGUACUUCGUGGAGCUCGUCUCCAUCGACAUCGGCGGCUUCAUCUUGCCGGUGCCACCGACGGUGUUCACAAAAGACGGCACGCUCUUCGACUCCGGCACCAUCCUCACCUACCUCCCACUGGAGGCGUACACUUCGCUCCGCGACCGGUUCAAGUUCACCAUGACGCAGUACAAGCCGGCGCCGGCGUACGACUCCCUCGACACGUGCUACGACUUCACGGGCCACAAUGCAAUCUUCCUACCGGCUGUGUCUUUCAAGUUCAGCGACGGCUCCGUGUUCGACCUCAGCCCCGUCGCGAUCUUGAUAUACCCUGAUGACACGGCGCCCGCCACCGGCUGCUUCGCGUUCGUGCCGAGACCUUCGACGAUGCCGUUCAACAUCAUCGGCAACACGCAGCAGCGGGGCACCGAGGUGAUCUACGACGUUGGCGCGGAGAAGAUCGGAUUUGGCCAGUUCGCUUGCUGA